AUGUCUUCACAACCCGACCAUGUCGAGCACAAGAAGAAGGUCAAUCUCAAUGAUGCAUCUGGUGCUGAGCACAAGACUGUCGAUGAUACUGCAACUGCAAUCUUAAAAAAGAAGAAGAAGCCAAACUCGUUGAUGGUUACUGAUGCUGUUAACGAUGAUAACUCUGUUAUCGCCCUUUCUACCAAUACCAUGGACACCUUACAAUUGUUCCGUGGAGAUACGGUUUUAGUCAAGGGAAAGAAGCGCAAGGAUACUGUUCUCAUCGUCCUUGCUGAUGAUGACCUCGAUGACGGCAGCGCGCGUAUGAACCGUGUUGUUAGACAUAACCUUCGUGUUAAGCACGGUGACAUUGUUACAGUUCACGCAUGUCCUGAUAUCAAAUAUGCCAAGCGCAUCGCAGUCCUCCCUAUUGCCGAUACCGUCGAAGGUCUUACUGGCUCCCUUUUUGAUGUAUUCUUAGCCCCAUAUUUCCGCGAAGCCUACCGACCUGUACGACAAGGAGAUCUUUUCACAGUUCGCGGUGGUAUGAGACAAGUUGAAUUUAAGGUUGUGGAAGUCGACCCUCCGGAGUACGGAAUCGUCGCCCAAGAUACAGUCAUCCACUGCGAAGGAGAGCCCAUUCAACGCGAGGACGAAGAAGGUAAUUUGAAUGAGGUUGGUUACGAUGACAUUGGAGGAUGCCGAAAACAAAUGGCACAAAUCCGAGAGAUGGUUGAGCUGCCAUUAAGACAUCCACAACUAUUCAAAUCUAUCGGUAUUAAACCUCCCCGUGGUGUUCUUAUGUUUGGUCCACCAGGUACCGGUAAGACCCUCAUGGCUAGAGCUGUGGCAAACGAGACUGGAGCUUUCUUUUUCUUGAUCAACGGUCCCGAAAUUAUGUCGAAAAUGGCUGGUGAAUCCGAGUCGAACUUGCGUAAGGCUUUCGAAGAGGCUGAGAAGAACUCACCUGCGAUUAUCUUCAUCGACGAAAUCGAUUCUAUUGCACCAAAGCGUGACAAGACCAACGGAGAAGUCGAACGUCGUGUCGUUUCUCAAUUGCUUACCCUCAUGGACGGUAUGAAGGCUAGAUCCAACGUCGUCGUCAUGGCCGCCACUAACAGACCAAAUUCCAUCGACCCUGCUCUUCGUCGUUUCGGUCGUUUCGAUCGUGAAGUCGAUAUUGGUAUUCCUGAUCCAACUGGUCGUCUCGAGAUUCUUCAAAUCCACACCAAGAACAUGAAGUUGGGUGACGAUGUUGAUCUCGAGCAGAUUGCUUCUGAGACUCACGGUUAUGUCGGUUCUGAUGUUGCUUCCCUCUGUUCUGAGGCUGCCAUGCAACAAAUUCGUGAGAAGAUGGAUCUUAUCGAUCUUGACGAAGAUACAAUCGACGCCGAGGUUCUCGACUCCCUUGGUGUUACCAUGGACAACUUCCGAUUUGCCCUUGGUGUUUCCAACCCAUCUGCUCUUCGCGAAGUUGCAGUUGUCGAGGUUCCAAACGUUCGCUGGGACGACAUUGGAGGAUUGGAAGAGGUCAAGCGCGAACUCAUCGAGAGCGUUCAAUACCCAGUCGAUCACCCCGAAAAGUUCCUCAAGUUUGGUCUUUCCCCAUCCCGUGGUGUCUUGUUUUACGGUCCUCCUGGUACUGGUAAGACAUUGCUCGCAAAGGCUGUUGCCAAUGAAUGUUCUGCCAAUUUUAUUUCCGUCAAGGGUCCAGAGUUGUUGAGCAUGUGGUUCGGUGAGUCUGAGAGCAACAUCAGAGAUAUUUUCGACAAGGCUCGUGCCGCCGCACCUUGUGUUGUUUUCCUCGACGAGUUAGAUUCUAUCGCUAAAUCGCGUGGUGGAUCCAAUGGUGAUGCUGGUGGUGCAUCCGACCGCGUUGUUAACCAACUUUUGACUGAAAUGGAUGGUAUGACUUCCAAGAAGAAUGUCUUCGUUAUUGGUGCCACCAACAGACCUGAGCAACUUGACAAUGCUCUUUGCAGACCUGGUCGUCUCGAUACCCUCGUCUAUGUUCCUCUUCCAAAUGAGAGCUCCCGUGCUGGUAUCUUGAAGGCCCAACUCAGAAAGACCCCAGUUGCCGACGAUGUUGACCUCAGCUACAUUGCAUCCCGCACUCACGGAUUCUCUGGUGCUGAUUUAGGAUUUAUCACUCAACGUGCUGUCAAGCUUGCGAUUAAGGAAUCCAUUUCUUUGGAUAUUGAGCGCCGCAAGGCUCUUGAGGCUGCUGGAGAAGAUGUUGACAUGGAGGAUGAAGGCGAGGACCCAGUUCCAAAAUUGACCAAGGCUCACUUCGAGGAAGCUAUGUCACAAGCUAGACGAUCAGUUACUGAUGUUGAGAUCCGCCGAUAUGAAGCAUUCGCCCAGAGUAUGAAGAGUUCCGGUCCUGGGGCUUUCUUCAAGUUCCCAGAAGCUGGUGAAGCCGCUGAGGCUAACGGAGGAGGUGCUGGUGGAUUUGGUGAUGCUGGUAACGACGACAGCCUUUACGACUAG